GCAUUACAAGCCGCAGACAGUGGACGGCAGACCGCGGAUUCCGAUUCCCCUCGGCAGAAUUCAAGUUUAAGCCCGGCUCAAACCACUCGACCACUCAGUUCCAAGCGAAAUCGCGACGCGACAACAACGGACCACGGCUCAAACGAAACAAAAUAAAAAUAAAUAAAAACAACAGCAAAGCAUCUAGGAAAGGUGCGCAAAAUGUUCGUCUUACUGGGAGUUCUCUGCCUGCUGCAGACGGUUAACUUGGUGCCAGCUCAGCUGAUUACGCUGCGCGAUGGCAAGGUGGGCGUGAACUUCGCCGGAUUCCACGCGGAUGCGGGACUCGGCGGACUCCUCACGGGAAAUUCUGCCCACGGCGGACUCAGCGCCUCGGCGGGAACUCCUUGGGGAGCGAGGGCAGCUGCCGGACUCGGUGGCAAUCUGGAUGGACGAGCCGCUGGCGUUGGUUACGCCGCUGCCCAAGCAAAUCCUUCCGUGGGAGCAAGUGCCCUUCUGGGUGGAAGUGCCGGUGAACAUGGUUACAUUGGUGCCGAGGCCCACAGUCCGGGUCGCAAGGCUAUCUCCUCUUCUCAGCACACCGUUCAACCAGCAUAUCCUGAAGAUCCUGCUCCUGCUCUUCCGAAUCCUGAAGCUCCGCAGCCAACCGCCAGCAGUCACAUCCAGAAGGUCAAGCCGCCGAAGAAGUACACGCUGAUCAAACAAAAUCCGGACCGCAGCGAAAUCAUUGAAAAUCAUGUUAAAGCGGCCGCAGAUGUCGAUGCGGUGGAUAAACACCCGCCCCCGGCUGCCCCGCCCACUUCGCAAUUGAUAAUUGUCAAGCGACCACGCCUACAUGCAAAGCGUCAGCGGCAACGUGUCGUAUACGUGAUGCAGCAACAGCCGCAGCAGCAGCAGCAACAAUAACAACAACAAGAAAUUCCGGACGUGGAAGCCCAAAAGGACGAGCCGCAUUCAUCCGUGCCGCUGAAGAGUAAUGCCAAGGUGGUCCACGCCCACAAGGUGAAGACCGUCCAGCGACAGGCCGUGAACAACCGCUUCGUGGCACCUCAGGCCCAAGGACCCGUGGGUCUGGCCCUCGAUAUUCCCAUUGGCAUUCUGCGAUCCUUGCAACAAUCCUUGACCAAUCUGGCCAAUGGUGGACCGCCACCACCGCCUGCUGCUGCUCAGGACCAUGUUCAUUAGGCUCAAAAUAAUACUAGAGAUUUAGAUUCGCUAUUUUUAAGAACCCCUUAAACACACAGAAUAAAAUAAAUAAAGCAUUUACGCAGAAAGCAAGGAA